GUCGCAUCCAGUACCAGGAGGACUCAGGUAACGGGCCCACGAGUCGGAGGUGAAGUUCAUCUGCCGACCAAAUUGAGCUUGCGAUGGCGAACCAAUCCCUAGUCGCCUGAUCUGGGGAGAAUGCAUCUGAGACUGUGAUUUUCCAGUCAAAGCUACUGCUCGUUUGAAGGGGAGCCUCCUGUCCGUCCUGUGCUCCUCUUCGCUCGUGUUUGGGUUUUGGUUCAAGAGGGGGAGGCCUUUGUGGAGAGUGGAGACCGGAGAGGAGGGCCAAGAUCAAGGGUGUUCCUCGUCCACUCUACUCGAUCCGGCAAUGCGUGCAGCCGCCGGAGGUGCCCCGCAGCGGCGUGCGGGGGGUAUCCGCGUCCGCGCCCCACUGGUAGAGUCUGUCUCCUGCUACUGCAGGGUAGAUGGGGGUCUUAAAACAGUUGUAAGUGCUAGGAAGUUUGUCCCUGGUGCAAAGCUGUGCAUGCAACCUGAUAUCAUACCAACCAAGCGCAAGUCAAGGAGCUCACGCAAGGAGAGGUCUCAAACUCAGUCACCACUGCUGCCUGGGCUUCCUGAUGAACUGGCUAUUUCCUGUCUCAUGCGGGCUGCUCGGGUCGAGCACCCAAAUAUGCGGUUAGUCUGUAAACGAUGGAACCGUCUUUUGUCUGGAAAUUAUUAUUACUCCUUGCGUAAGAAAUUUGGCAUGGCAGAAGAAUGGAUUUACGUCUUCAAAAGGGACCGUGAUCAGAAGCUAUCUUGGUAUGCCUUUGAUCCUGUGAACCAGCUCUGGAAGUCAUUGCCUCCAGUUCCACCAGAGUAUUCUGAAGCUGUUGGAUUUGGUAGUGCUGUUCUCAACGGAUGCUAUCUGUACUUAUUUGGCGGCAAAGACCCAGUACAUGGGUCUAUGAGGCGUGUUGUAUUUUACAAUGCUCGGAUAAACAAAUGGCUUCGAGCUCCAGAUAUGCUGCAAAAACGGCACUUCUUUGGUUCUUGUGUCAUAAACAACUGUCUUUAUGUUGCUGGUGGGGAGUGUGUAGGGAUACAGAGAUCUCUAAGGUCUGCCGAGGUAUAUGAUCCAAACAGGAAUAGAUGGUCUAGCAUUGCUGAAAUGAGCACAGGAAUGGUGCCCUCCAUUGGAGUAGUACAUGAUGGCAAGUGGUUCCUAAAAGGUCUCAAUUCUCAUCGCCAGGUCGUGAGCGAGGUCUAUCUUCCAGCUUCUAAAAUGUGGUCAACCACCGGUAAUGAAAUGGUCACGGGCUUGCGGAAUCCAAGCAUUUCCCUCAACGGGCGACUUUAUUCUGCUGAUUGUCGUGAUGGCUGUAAGCUUCGAGUUUAUAAUAGAGAGCUGGGAUCGUGGACAAGGUUCAUUGACACCAGACACCAUAUGGGAAGCUCACGGUCUCUUGAAGCCGCAGCCUUUGUCUCCCUUAAUGGAAAGCUAUGCAUCAUCCGUAACAAUAUGAGUAUCACCAUUAUUGAUAUGUCAGACCCAACAAGAGUAACUGAGGUUGACAGUGCGCGCAUGUGGGAGGCUUUUGCUCGAAAGGGGCAGCACAGGUCUUUCAUGGCAAACCUAUGGUCAGCCAUCACAGGUCGUAAUCUGAAGACAGACAUUAUGCAUUGUCAGGUGCUCCAAGUUUGAGUUUGUCCAUAUAUGAAGUGGAAACAUACUUAGAUUUGUAAACAACCUCAGAGCCUGACUUAGAAGCUGGAAUGGAUACAUGAGUUGUAAGAGACCAGCUUUGAACUCAGUAAAUAUCCACUGAUUUCGUCCUUUGGAACUUUCUAAUUUUGGCGCCUAUUUGUCAGUAAGGCUCCGAGAGAUUGGUUCUGGGGACUGGAGGAAGAAUAUGCCAUGGCUCAUGAGGCAUUAAGGGUUGAGUGGCAGGCUGGCAGCUCGGACCCCAUAAGUCAGAAGCACAUGAAGCACUGACAAAGGAUGGUCUAAGCCUAGAGCGGCAGCGGCAGGACUAUGACUAAAGCCUGAGAGCUGUUACUUCAGUUUGGUAGAGUGCAGGUCUCCAAAAACUUCCAUAGAUUGAUGCUUGUUUCAGAAUGGUAAGCUGAUGCUUCAAGAAUUUGCACAGCUGAUACAGUUGAUGUAGGCCAAACAAGUUACUGUCAUGCUGUCAUUCAUUUUCAGGAAAGGAAGGAUAACAAUCCUCUUAACUGUACAUAUCCUGAUCUUGGUUUAUCUGCCAUGGGAAGUAAUCUUAUGCUUAUGCCUUGAAAUCUUCCCUGCCUGGUUAUUGUUUGCUGAGAAGCUGUAGAAUCUGAUCAGUGCUAUUUCUGAAAGAAAUUUCUAGACACCAUCUGCUUUUGUAUCGUGAAUAAUGUGAUCUUGUAAGAACUCCUGAAGGUUGUCCUUUGAACCAUGAACAUAGCGACUCUAUGAAUGCCAUUGCCAUUGAAUAACAUUUAUUUAUCAGUGGUUUGAUAUACUUUCUUAA